GCGGUGCACGCGCUGAAGAAGCACUUGGAAAAAGUGCGGAGCGAGGCGAAGACGCAGCUGUUCGACGAGGACGGCGGCGACGAGACGUUCAGCGUCCUCGUGUCCACGCGGAAGACGCCGCAGAAGGGAAGCAACAAGCUGGUGCCCAUCAGGGUCCCGCAUCCUCUGCUCGAUCUGAAAACCGCGGAGAUUUGCCUCAUCGUGAAGGAUAAGGAGGGCGAAGGGCACAAGGAGGCGAAGAAGAAGGUGGCGGAGAUGGAGAAGUGCGGCGUCGCCAAGGUGUUGGGCAUCUCGAAGCUCCGGAACAACUACAAACCCCACGAGGCGAAGCGCCAGCUCUGCGAUUCCUACGAUCUGUUCCUCGCGGACGCGCGCGUGAUACCGGUGCUUCCGAAGCUCCUGGGGAAGAGCUUCUUCGUGAAGAAGAAGCAACCCGUGCCCGUGGACCUCACGAAGCAGGACUGGCCGAAGCAAGUCCGCAAGGCUGCGUCCGCGACGUACGUGCACGUGGGCGCGGGCACGUGCGUCCACGUCAAGGUGGCCAAGGCGCGAUUCAGCGUCGAGGACGUCGUAGAGAACGCGAUGGCGGCGAUCGCGGGCGUCGUGGAGAUCAUCCCGAGGAAGUGGGCGAACGUGCAGAGCGUGUACAUGAAGACGAACGAAUCCGUGGCGCUGCCGCUGUAC